AUGGCAGAUCAAGAUUCAAUAGUAGUUAUUGACUCUGAUGACGAGCAAACAGUAAAUAAAUCAAAUGAUUAUAUUAAAAAAAAGCUUCGUAUUAAUAAAUUAAUUCCUGAAUCUGAUGAUGAAGGGGAGUCGGAUAAUAUUCUCGAGGAAAGUAUUAUUUGCAAACCAAACACGAGUAGAAAAAAAAUAAACAGAAUUUUGUCAGAUUCUGAGGAUGAAAUGAAUGAAGAUCAUGAUAUGGAUGUUGUCGAAAUGAAUAUUCGAAAAGCAAUACGUAGAAGUAUCCACAAAAUUGCUCAUUAUGAAUCUAGUUCGUCGGAUGAUGAUGGUAGUAAUGGAAACGAUCAAGAACUUGAGUGUAAAAAUCAUAAUACAUCACCGAGUGAUGACCAUAUCAAGAAAAUGUUGAUGACCGUGUUGAUCAUAGUCGAAAACAUUUGAAUCGUGGAAAAAAAAUGUUAACAUCCAAAAAUGAUACAAGUAAAAACCAUAACCUACGCGUAAUUAGUGAGAGUGAUGAUGAUGAUAAUGAUGAUGUAGAUAGUAGCAAAAACACAACAAAUACAAAUUACCAUGUUAGUUAUGAGAGUGAAAUCAAUAGUAAGAACAAAAAUGACGAUAGUGCGAUCCUUAAAACUCCAACGAAAAAAGAUAGUAUCGACGACAAUGAUUCUCAUAAAUCUAUCAAUUCAUCAAGUGGAAUAAUGAGUAGCAACGAUCAUACCAGAGAUGAAUAUGAAAUAAAUGAUGAGGAUAGUAUUCAUCAAGACGAUACACCCCGAGAGACUGUUAUAUUUAAUCAUGAUAAGCAACCUCCAGCUACUGAUAAUGAAGAAAAAAAACCACCAAAGCGAUCAUUAACCAAGCCAACAACUAGAAGUGAAAUAAAAAAAGAAAUUAAACGUCUUACAACCGAUAUCGAAAGAUCAAAGAUAUUUUUAAUGCAAGGUAAUUGCGAAUUACUUCCUGAUGGAGGAAAAAAUAUAAGGAAAUCUAUACUGAAAAAUCAAGAGAGUUUAAAUGAGUAUAAAAAGCAGCUUGAACAAAUGGAAGACAACAAUUCCAGUGUCGCAUCCACAGAUUUGAGUCAUAAUCUUUCAUCUGACAAAGAAAAUUCCAUGAAUUACCCUAAUUAUAAUCCCCACAAUUCCCCCAGCGUCAAUUCGCCAGAAGUAAACUCCAAUAGCUUGAAUUUUGAUCGUAAAAAAUUGUUGAAACCCACUGCAAAUACAGUCACUGAAGGAUUAGGAAAACGAGCAUUGGAAACUUUUCAAAAAGAACAAGCGUUGACAGUGGAACGUCUAGAACAUCUUCAUGGAUCGUUAAUAUCACAACCCAGUGAAAAUGAACAAGUUAAAGACCCUAAAGGACUAGUAAUACAUCUUAUGCCUCAUCAAAAACAUGCUUUAGCUUGGUUAACAUGGCGCGAGAAACAAAAACCUCCAGGUGGUGUACUUGCUGAUGACAUGGGACUUGGUAAAACGCUCACAAUGAUAUCAUUGGUGAUUAAAUCACUUGCAGAUAGCUCAAUUGAUGAUGAUGUCUAUGAUGGUGAUAACAUUGAAAAUCAAGAGUGUAAAUAUCAAGGGGGAACCAUAGUUGUGUGUCCUGCCUCGCUGAUUAACCAGUGGAAAAAUGAAAUAGAUACACGAUGCAAACGUGGAGUCCUUGUCACUGAAGUUUAUCAUGGUAAUAAUCGCGAAAAAGUUCCAAGACGUCUUGCUCGUAAUGAUAUAGUCAUUACAACGUAUAAUUUAUUAGUACGCGAGUCAAAAAACAAUGGUCAACUUUUUCAAAUCCAAUGGAAACGAGUCAUUUUAGAUGAAGCUCAUGCGAUUCGUAAUCAUAAAAGCCAAGCUUGUGAAGCAGUCUGUCAGCUGAAAGCUAAAAAACGGUGGGCACUCACGGGCACACCAAUUCACAACAAAGGAAUGGAUAUAUUUGCGAUUUUGAAGUUCUUAAAAUGCUCACCGUUCGACGAUAUACGAAUUUGGAAGCGUUGGGUCGAAAACAAGAGUGAUGCUGGUGUGGAAAGGCUUGCCAUGGUGAUGAAAUCUUUAAUGCUUCGCCGUACUAAAAAUGAACUUAUUAAUAAAGGUGACAUUGAUUCUUUACCGGAAAAACAUUUGGAAAUUAUAAAAAUUUCUUUAGAUAAAGACGAACGUCUUGUAUAUGAUAAAGUUAUGAUGUAUUCUCGAACAUUUUUUGCUCAAUUUCUACAUCAGCGGGCAGAAAAAGAAGCUCUUGUUCCACUUGGUGUUGCGAAUAAAUUUAAAAAUAGUUUUAAUAAAGCACAGCAGCAAUUGUUAGCGAGACAUGCUGAUGUUCAAACAUUUGAAAUUUUAGUUCUUCUUCUUAGACUUCGUCAAAUUUGUUGUCAACCUUCAUUGAUUCACGAUAUGUUAGACAAACAGGAAAUUGAGAUUGAUGGAGCCGAUGGAGGUGAAUAUUCUGGCCAAUCGCAAAACAAUCUUGUUGCUCAACUGGAAGGCUUAAAUAUUUCUAGGGACGCUUCUGACAAAGGCGAAGAAAAUGAAGCAGUUGGAGUUGAUAAACGCAUUUCUGAGCAUCUCUUAACAUCAGAAAAUCCAGUGUUCAAUCCAAAACGAUGUAGUUCAAAGUUGACUGUAAUCCUUAAUUUAGUGCGUGAUAUCUUAGCGAAACGGGAAAAACUCAUAAUAGUAUCACAAUGGUCAACUUAUCUUCAAAUAAUUGGUGAGAAUUUACGUACUGUACCCGGUGCUACAUUUGAAAUGUUUACGGGGGCAGUCGCCGUAAAAAAUCGUCAAGGUAUCAUAAAUUCUUUUAAUAAAGAAAAAAAUCCUAAAAUUAUGUUGUUAUCGCUUUGUGCGGGUGGCGUUGGUCUUAAUUUAGUUGGUGCAAACCACUUAAUUCUUGUUGAUAUACAUUGGAAUCCUCAAUUAGAAUGUCAAGCUUGUGACCGCAUUUAUCGUAUUGGACAGAAAAAAAAUGUGUAUAUUUAUAAACUUAUAUGCAAUGAUACAAUUGAAGAAACCAUCCAAAAAUUACAAGAAGAAAAAUUAUCUUUGGCUAAUUCGAUAUUAACCGGUAAAAACAAGGAAAGCUCAAAAAUAUCAGUACAAGAUUUAAUGACUAUGUUUUCAUAA